CAGGUGUUAGCCACUGGGUCUGGCCUCUGCUUACCUUAUCAAAUAAAACAGUUUACAGUAACCUUACAAUCAAAACACAGCAUCAUAGAUGGAGACGCAAAGCCCGACGUUGUUAUUACUGUUUUUUUAUCAGCCGGUACAACUAUUCUAGUGAUGCUGCUGUGCUGCGUAGCUACCCUGAACACACUACUUUCUCACUGUGUUAAGGCUGUGCGGUCAGAGAAGAAACGCCUUAGGAAGCCAAGCAAGUGGCUUUUGGAAUAUACAGAAGAAUAUGAUCCAAUAUUUACUCCUAAGAAAAAACAAAAGAAGGUACAGGAGCAGGUGCACAAGAUGAUAGUGUCGAAUCAAGUGGAACAAAGAAAGAAGAUCUGGAUGACAAAGAGAAAAAAGAUGAAACUCCUGCACCUGUAUAUAGGGCCAAGUCAAUUCUGGAGAGCUGGGUAUGGAGUAAGCAACCAGGGAUGUUCAUGGAACACCAGGCACGAAAGGGCCAGAAGCAUCCCCCUGCAGGACCAGCACUUGGCCCUGGCCAUCCUGCUGGAGCUGGCUGUGCAGAGAGGCACGUUGAGCCAAAUGUUGUCUGCCAUCCUGUUGUUGCUUCAGCUGUGGGACAGCGGGGCACAGGAGACUGACAAUGAGCGUUCUGCCCAGGGCACCAGUGCCCCACUUUUGCCCUUGCUGCAAAGGUUCCAGAGCAUCAUUUGCAGGAAGGAUAUGCGUCACUCCAAUGGCGACAUGUACCUUUUGUCUGGCCCUCUGAGCCCCAGUGAGAGUUUCCUGAGGUACCUCACCCUUCCACAAGACAAUGAGCUUGCCAUUGAUCUGCAACAAAUGGCGGUUGUUGUCACGGCCCUUUUAGACCGUCUGGCUACACCCUGUAGAUGCCUUUGCCGUAUAGCUCUCCAACAUCUCAUAAGAGUCAUUUUUUACAGGUCAGAACUGUAGAAAUAAUGAGGAAGUGACACUUAUACGCAAAGCUGAUUUGGAGAACCAUAAUAAAGAUGGAGGUUUCUGGACUGUGAUUGACGGGAAAGUAUAUGAUAUAAAGGACUUCCAGACACAGUCGUUAACAGGAAAUAGUAUUCUUGCUCAGUUUGCAGGGGAAGACCCAGUGGUAGCUUUGGAAGCUGCUUUGCAGUUUGAAGACACUCGGGAAUCCAUGCACGCGUUUUGUGUUGGCCAAUAUUUGGAGUGAAUGAUGUUUUAAAACACAGUUCCUAAGAAGCCAGAAUCUAUAGAUGAUGAAGAAAAAAUUGGAAAUGGAGUGAUUUAGAAGAAGCUUGCAUUUUGCCUCACAGUCCAAUAAAUGUGGACAAGAGACCCAUUGCAAUUAAAUCACCCAAGGACAAAUGGCAGCUGCUGUUGAGUACUGUUACAGGUGUUCACAAAUACAAGUGGUUGAAGCAGAAUGUGCAGGGUCUUUAUCCGCAGUCUCCACUCCUCAGUACAAUUGCUGAAUUUGCCCUUAAGGCGGAACCGG